AUGGCAAAAUCAAAACCAAUUCCACUAUUCUAUUUUCUUUCUACACCAUUUUUCCUUCUGUGUCUUUUUUUCUCUUCAUCCUUGGCAGCACCACCAAAAGCAGAAUCUUUGUACUCAACUUUCCUUCACUGUCUCACACAAAACACAACUGAUCCAUCUAUCUCCAACAUAGUUUUCCCACAAUCAAAUCCUUCAUUUUCCGCUGUCCUUCAAAACUACAUCCGUAACGCACGUUUCAACACUUCCUCAACUUCCAAACCGUUAAUCAUUGUUACUCCAAAACAACCCUCACAUGUUCAAUCCACCAUUAUCUGCGCCAAAAGAGUCAACGUUCAAGUCAAAAUCAGAAGUGGUGGACAUGAUUAUGAGGGUAUUUCUUAUAUCUCAAAUGAAUCACCCUUUAUCGUCCUUGACAUGUUCAAUCUAAGAACAAUCAAUGUUGAUGCAAAAAGAGAAGUUGCUUAUAUUCAAGCAGGUGCUACACUUGGUGAAGUUUAUUAUAGAAUUUACGAAAAGAGUAAAGUUCAUGGCUUUCCUGCUGGUGUGUGCCCAACUGUUGGUGUUGGUGGUCACAUCAGUGGUGGGGGGUAUGGAACAAUGUUGAGAAAAUAUGGUCUUUCUACUGAUAAUAUUAUUGACGCUGAAAUUGUUGAUGUUAAGGGAAGGCUUUUGAAUAGAAAAUCAAUGGGAGAAGAUCUCUUUUGGGCUAUAAGAGGUGGCGGUGGUGCUAGUUUUGGUGUUGUUUUAUCUUAUACUAUUAAAUUAGUAGCGGUUCCUGAAACCGUUACUGUUUUCAGAAUUGAGAAAACUUUGGAACAGAAUGCUACUGAUCUUGUUGUUCAAUGGCAACAAGUUGCUCCAACUACUGAUAAUAGGCUUUUCAUGAGGCUUCUCUUGCAGCCUAUAAGUUCCAAGACUGUCAAAAGAAAAAAAACUGUUAGAGCUUCUGUGGUUGCUUUGUUUCUCGGUGGCGCGAAGGAGUUGGUACCGAUUUUAAGGAAGGAAUUUCCACAUUUGGGUUUGAAGAAAGAGGAUUGUCUUGAGUUGAGCUGGAUCAAUUCUGUUAUUUGGUACUACAGUCAAUUGAAUUUUAAGAAUGGCGCGAAACCGGAGAGUCUUUUGGAUAGGAAUGUUAAUUCGGCUCAUUACGGGAAGAGAAAAUCUGAUUAUGUUCAGAAACCUAUUCCAAGAGAUGCUUUGGAAUUGAUAUGGAAAAAGAUGAUUGAGUUGGGAAAAGUUGGAUUUGUUUUUAAUCCUUACGGUGGAAAAGUAGCUGAGAUUCCGGUCGACGCAACGCCUUUUCCCCACCGCGGAAAUCUGUUCAAAAUUCAGUAUUCAGUGAAUUGGAAUGAUCCAUCACCUACUCUUGCAUUGAAUUAUUUGAAUCAAGCUAAGAGUCUUUAUAGUUUCAUGGAACCUUAUGUGACAAAGAAUCCAAGAAGUGCUUAUAUAAACUAUAGAGACCUUGAUAUCGGGAUCAAUAGCUUUGGUAAGAAUAGUUAUGAAGAAGGUAAAGUUUAUGGUGCUAAGUAUUUCAAUAAGAACUUUGAUAGGCUGGUUAAGAUUAAGACAGCAGUUGAUCCUGGUAAUUUUUUCAGGAAUGAGCAGAGUAUUCCUGUUCUUCUUGGAAAGGUUUAG